UUGGGUUUACUUCAGAGGCUUUUACGAGACUCGCAUAUAGUUUUGGUUCAGACAACUAGGCACUUGAGCAGACUGAAAGAAUUCGAUCAGAUUAACAUUGAUCUUUCUAUUAAUGAUGAAAGUUCCAGCAGUCACACAGAGGAUUAUCAAAAUUUAUCUAGGCAUAGAAGUACAUGUGCGAUUAGUGAACCGAUGUAUCUUGGAACACCAGAAUAUAUGUGUCAAUUUUGUGGUGCGCAGUUUUGGUAUGAAGAACGAAUCAGCAAAUCAAAUCGUGCAAAUCCUAAAUUUUCUUUGUGCUGCCAAGAAGGAAAAGUGAAUCUGCCACUACUUAAACAAACCCCUCCAUUUUUGGAUACUUUACUAGAUCAUAAAGGAGGCAUGCGUUCUACAAAAUUUCGAGAAAGCAUUCGAGCCUAUAAUUCUAUGUUUGCAUCCACAUCAAUUGGAGCGAAGGUAGACAAUGAAAUAAAUAGAAGAUCUGGACCAUACAUAUUUAGAAUCAAUGGGCAAAAUCACCAUAGAAUGGGUUCGCUCCUUCCAAUUCAUGGACAACAACCCAAAUUUGCUCAAUUAUAUAUUUAUGAUACCGAAAAUGAAAUUGACAAUAGGAUAAGAGCUUUUAAUUCAGGAUCUGAAUUGAGUAUCGAUAGAAAUAUUGUUGAAGAAUUGAUAAAUAUGUUUGAUUCUCACAAUGCAAUAGUAAAGGCAUUCCGCAUGGCAAGAGAUCGUUUUGAAGAAACAGAUUUGUUGUCGAUUCGAUUAAGAUUAGUGGGAAAGCGAGAUGGAGAUAGUCAGUUGUAUAAUCCUCCAUCCUCCGCUGAAAUUGCUGGGUUAAUAGUUGGCGACAUAGGAAGUGUUGAUCGUCAACGUGAUAUUAUUGUCGAACACAAAACUGAAGGAUUAAGACGAAUAAGUGAUUUGCACCCUAGCUUUAUGGCUAUGCAGUAUCCUAUUUUGUUCCCAUUUGGUGAAGAUGGAUUUAGAUUAGGUAUAAAAUAUGUAGGAAGCAAGGUGAAAAAUUCAAAUUCUAGACAAUGUGUUACAAUGAGAGAAUUUUAUGCUUACAGGUUACAAAAUAGAAUAGAGGAAGGGAAGACAUUGAUAAGAGGAGGAAGAUUAUUUCAGCAAUACAUAGUUGAUGCUUUUUCAUGCAUUGAAGAAGAAAGACUUGAUUACAUNCCUUAA